AACCCUAGCCUCGUCGCCAUGGCCUCCUCCUUGCUCCGCUCCGGCUACGGCCUCUUCCUUCGCCGCCCUCGCCUUUCCGCCGCAUUCUCCACCGCUGCUGCCGAGGAGCUCAUCGACGUCCGCAAGCUCCCCACCGACUACGACCCCUCCACCUUCGACCCGUCCUCCCCGUCCCGCCCGCCGCCGUCCGACCGCGUGUGGCGCCUCGUCGAGGAGGUCUCCUCUCUCACCCUCGCGGAGACUGCUUCUCUGUCCUCUCUCCUCCUCCGCCGCCUCGACAUCCCCUCCGCGCCACCCAUCGCCAUCCUCAACUCCGCCACGGGGCUGGGCGGCGGUGGCGCCACGGCCGGCGCGGCGGGUGAGAAGGCGGCGGCGGCAGCUGAGAAGACGGUCUUCGAGCUGCGGCUGGAGGCCUACGAUGCUGCGAGCAAGAUCAAGGUGAUCAAGGAGAUCCGGUCAUUCACUGACCUGGGGCUGAAGGAGGCCAAGGAGCUGGUGGAGAAGGCGCCUGCGGUGAUCAAGGGAGGCCUAUCCAAGGAGGAGGCUCAGGCGAUUGUCGAGCGAAUGAAGGCAGUUGGCGCCAAGGUCAUUAUUGACUGAUUAGAACAAGCCUUUUCAGUGGUGAGGUCCUGCAAAUUUAUGCUUCGUUUCGGAUCAACUUUUAAGUGCAAGGAUGGAUGAGUGGCUUGUGGAGAAUUCUCCUCUAUGAACUUGUGGAGAAUUGAUGUGGCAUUGCACAAAUAGGUUUUCAAGCGCGUUAAUCAAAUGAACUUGUAGAGUAUUGUAUCAAUGAUCAAUCACUCAUCAUUAUGUUGUCGGAUGUGACAUUAGUUGUGGGGCUUUGGGAUGGAAAUGGACUAUUAUAUUGUUAUUUGCUAUGAAGAUUUUGUGACCUUUGAAUUACAAAGUAAAAAUGAGUUACUUCAUUUCC